GGGAGAUGCAGAGGAAGCACGAGGUCAAUUACUACACUUUAAGAAAAGCCCCGUUUAUACCACCGUCUAGCCCAACCCAAAAUCCUUCAAUCGUUUUUCCAUCUUUUGCUUGAUCUCUCUUGGCCGCAAAACCCUGGACAAGUUGGGUGUCUGCAUUCUAAAACCCCAACCCCUUGAGCUUGAGAUACUCUGCCGUUAGAAACCAUGGGAACUACAAGCAAAGACCUUCUGCGUUUGGAGCAUAACCACCCCUCAAUUUCACCUCUAGAAUCAACUCUACUUGUUUGUAAAAAUGGAUCCCAGGCUACCCAAACAAAGAAGCCCAUCAUUGCUCCUCCUCCCAAAAGCCAGUUGUUGGGAAAAAUGAGGAACUUCUUGGGAGUCAUAUCAGAAGCUAAUGAAAAAUUGCAGCUUGAUGCAAAGGAUAAUCCAGACAAAUAUGACAUAGAAGCGCUCACCGGAGAUGAGUCUCAAGUUGUUAGAAUGCAUGCUUGGCUUUGUUGAUCUUCAAACUCCUGAGGCUGUGGCUGCAGCAGAAGCUGCAGUUUCUGGUUAUCAACCUCUGAUACCUGUGGCAGAUAGCAGUAGUGAAGAUGAAUCAGAUGAUAGUAGCGCUGAUGAUGAAGAAGAAAGUAGUGAUGACAAUGAAGAUGAUGAAAGCGAUGAACAGGGUAAGAAAACUUCCUCCCCAGACAAAAAUAGUUCUGUCAAACGGCCCAAAAAGCGGCCUAAAAUUGUUGAGCUUUCAUAACAAUGUGUUACUAGUUCUUGAGUAGUACCGAGUCUAUGUACCAUUGAUUUAUUGUAAUAUUGGGCGACUGGGCGGGGUGAUGAAUGGUUAUGGAAAUGUAUCAUUAGAACAUAUAAAUGAAAGUUGUAUGAGAAGGAAUAAUUCGGAUUAAUUCAAGUGCUAUAUUUGUAGAAG